AUCCUUCCCCCUUUUGUCCGAACGUGCCGCUUAUCUCUCUCUCUCUCUCGAGUGUAAGUAAAGAAGAGACAAUCGAACAUAUUUUUCAUUUCUUUUUAAAUAUUUUUUUUCCAUUUUCGAAGUAUUACAAGAAAGGAAUCGUAUAGUUAGUUAUACUUUCUGGGAUUCACAAAACACGCUUACGCAAAUUCGAUAGACACCGAGGAGGAGUAGAAGGAGGACGAGAUUCUAUCGUUUAUAUAUAAACGGGAGGAUCCAGAUCGUGGUGAGAGUUAGAUAGAGAGAGAGGAUAUGAUGCCGGAAACAUCGCCGGCUAAACUCGGCAGAGCUUCUUCCUCCUCUUCUUCUUCAUCAUCUUCAAGCUCAGACCGUGCUUCCGUGAAAAUCGAGGAGAUUGAAGACGGCGUAGCCAAUGGCUCUGAAGUAGUUGAGACAACCAAACCGGAGGAGUCUCCUGUUGCUGUUGCUGAAUCUUCAGGUAGUAAAAGCUUUGGUAGAGUAUGGACAAUGCCUGUGGAAGGUUCAUCGAGUAGUGAUAAGGCUGAAGCAUCAUCAUCAUCAGUAUCGUCUUCAAAGCAGCCUAGGUUAGAUAAAUCAAAGACUGAGAGGCAACAGCCGAAAGACAAAGUUACUCACAUUCUCGCCGAGGAUGCCGCUAAGAUUUUCGAUGAUAGACUCUCUGCUGGCAAGAAGCUAAAAUUGUUGAACCGUAUAGCUACGGUGAAACAUGAUGGGACGGUUGAGUUUGAAGUCCCAGCAGAUGCUAUCCCACAGCCUAUUGCUCUGGACCCUGAUGAUUCCAAAAACGGUGCUUGCCCUGAUGAGGCUAUUGAUGGUGUAGACCUUCAGUACAUCCCUCCUAUGCAAAUCGUCAUGCUUAUCGUCGGAACGCGUGGUGAUGUUCAGCCUUUUGUUGCUAUCGCCAAACGCCUUCAGGACUAUGGGCAUAGAGUUAGACUUGCAACUCAUGCAAAUUUCAAAGAGUUUGUUUUGACUGCUGGUUUGGAGUUUUAUCCUUUAGGUGGAGAUCCUAAAGUGCUAGCCGAAUAUAUGGUUAAGAACAAGGGGUUUCUGCCGUCAGGCCCUUCAGAGAUUCCAGUACAACGAAACCAAAUGAAGGACAUCAUAAACUCUCUACUUCCAGCGUGUAAAGAACCUGAUCCAGACUCUGGGAUCUCCUUUAAAGCCGACGCUAUUAUCGCCAAUCCUCCAGCAUAUGGACAUACCCAUGUGGCAGAAGCACUAAGGAUACCGAUUCACGUGUUUUUCACCAUGCCUUGGACGCCAACCAGUGAGUUUCCACACCCUUUGUCACGUGUCAAACAACCAGCAGGAUACAGACUUUCGUAUCAAAUCGUGGAUUCACUGAUCUGGCUUGGAAUAAGGGACAUGAUAAAUGACCUUAGGAAAAAGAAACUGAAGCUGCGGCCUGUCACAUAUCUAAGUGGAACACAAAGCUCUGGUUCUAAUAUUCCAUAUGGAUAUAUGUGGAGUCCUCAUCUAGUCCCAAAGCCCAAAGACUGGGGCCCACAAAUAGAUGUAGUGGGAUUCUGCUUCCUUGAUCUUGCAUCAAACUAUGAACCUCCUGCAGAACUUGUGAAAUGGCUAGAAGCUGGUGACAAACCUAUUUACAUCGGCUUUGGUAGUCUCCCUGUGCAAGAACCAGAGACAAUGACUGAAAUCAUUGUGGAAGCACUUCAAAGAACCAAACAGAGAGGAAUCAUCAACAAAGGCUGGGGUGGCCUUGGAAACUUGAAAGAACCGAAGGACUUUGUUUACUUGUUGGAUAAUGUCCCACAUGACUGGUUAUUCCCAAGAUGCAAGGCAGUGGUUCAUCAUGGAGGUGCUGGAACAACGGCUGCAGGUCUUAAAGCAGCGUGCCCAACUACAAUCGUGCCUUUCUUUGGAGACCAACCUUUCUGGGGGGAACGAGUGCAUGCUAGAGGAGUAGGUCCUGCACCAAUCCCAGUAGACGAAUUCUCACUCCAUAAGCUUGAAGAUGCCAUUAAUUUCAUGCUUGACGAUAAGGUGAAGAGCAGUGCAGAGACUCUAGCAAAGGCAAUGAAGGACGAGGAUGGUGUGGCUGGAGCUGUGAAGGCCUUCUUCAAACAUCUUCCGACUAUGAAACAAAAUGUUGCGGAUCCUAUUCCUGAACCAUCUGGAUUCCUAUCGUUCAGAAGAUGCUUUGGCUGUUCGUAACUUUCUCCCCACCCCUUCCCCCAAGAAUCUCCUCUUUACUCUUGUGCAUUGUUGUGACCUCUUGUAUGUUUGUUUUGUAUUUUGUUUUUUGCUCCUUGGUUUUGGCUUUUACUACAACUCACUUAGGAAAAGUUGUAAAGUACUUGGGUGUACUUGGUAAUUUAAUGUUUUAUGUGAUACAUGCUAUAAUUUUUUA